AUCGAACCAGACUCUUCUCCUCGUCCGUUUCGAGCGACUCCUUCAGAAUAGAUGAGCUCGAGCCGCGAGCUCCGAGACCUCGAUAGCAGUGGAAUACCUGGAUUCUGACAUUGACUGGUCGCCUCUACUGCCAUCCGUCGGAAAUGCCCCUGCCCGCUGCACUCUUGGCUCGUUUAAAGCGCCGCGGCCUAAUACCUGGCGGCAGAGUCGGUGAAAAUGAUAAUCGAAAACAGGAUGAGGCUGCUUCUGAGCACGAAGAGGUUUUCGCGGAAAACUACGACAGUCAGCCGAGGCAAGACGAGAAUGGAGAGAUUGGUCCACAAUUACCCAUCGACAGAGGGGUCGAUCAGAAAGUCAGUUCAGGUCCAGCUGCCGGUUGUCCAAACAAGUGGAACGUGCACCAUAAAUGCACACAAUGGUGCCACAAGAGAUGGGGCGCAGGUAUCUUGAAGGAGAAGAAAACUCUAACGCGGAGACGUUUGCGAAUGUUGAAGAGAUAUCCCCUCCCUCCUGAUUGGACGGAAGAAUACGAUGCUGGAACUGGCAGAUAUUACUAUUGGCAUCGGGAUGGCAAGCAGGUUUGCUGGCUGAGUCCCACUCACCCUCGGUCUCAAGUGACGCUCCCUGUACCGAGAUUCCAAGAGAUCAUGGCGAUCGAAGAGGAUCACGACGAGGAUUUUGAGAACGAUGAAGAAGACGACUCGGAAAACUCUGACGAUGAUGGGAAGGAAGAUGAUACUUCGAGCCUCCAGAAGAAAGCUCCGCGGCAACAAUCGUCGCAGCAAAUGAGCAGAGCUUCUGAUCGGAGGAGAAAUCGCAGGGACAAUGGAGCUCUAGAUCCCAUGGACCCUGCUGCCUAUUCAGACACAUGCCCGCGCGGGGGCUGGGCGGACGGCCUCGAUCGUGAAGGGGGUAAAGCCGUCGACUCUACAGCGUCUGGACCGCUGUUCCAGCAGCGUCCCUACCCAUCUCCUGGCGAUGUACUCAGGAUGAAAAAGAAAUAAUAGCUAUGUGAUCAUCAUGUGCAUCAAUGUUCUCGUUGGGUCUGCGGGCUUAUUCGUUGAUCCGGCAGUAAAAAUAAUUUUUUGUUG